UCACUCUAUUUCUGAAAAACGUGAGAAGAUAACAGUCGCAUCUGAUCGGUAACAAAAGCAAUGGAGGUCCGCAGAGAGAACCGCAACAUUCACGACAACCAGCGCCGCCAGUUGGCCAAACAGUUCGAACUGAAGCGCAACCUGUUCAAGGCUUUCCUCAGAGACCCAGAAAUUCCACCGGAGUUGAGAGAACAACAACAGUACAAGCUAGCCAAGUUGCCUCGAAACAGCUCCUUCACUCGCCUCAGGAACCGGUGCAUCUUCACUGGCCGAUCUCGUGGUGUGUACCAGGUCUUCCGUAUGUCUCGUAUUGUGUUUCGUGAACUUGCUUCCAAAGUUUUUGCUGAUGCUGCCUAUUGAAGAGUGAGGUUCAUAAGGCUUGUGCUGCCUUUUGAUAGCACUGUCUGACUUGGAUAGUUGGACUGCACAAUGUUAAUGAUGCUUCAUUGCUAACUGUGUUUUAAAAGUUCCUUGGGGAUGAAAUCUAACUCCUGCUCUCAUCUAUUGGUUGAAUAAUUUAGGAUUGCACAAGUUUUCUUUCUGUAGCUCCUCUAGAUUUCUUGGUAGGUCUAUUAAGAGGGUAUUUUCUCAAGAGGCUUCAGGCUUCUUCCACUGACACAUAUUUGCCCCAUUUAGUUCCCUUGUGUUUGUGUGUUUCUUUCUCAUUUUUGUUUCUUUAUUAGUAGUAUUAGAUGUCAGAUUGAAGACUGGUUUUGAAUGGAGGUUUCCAAUGUCAUGCUGAUGGAAUUUUCUGUACCUUAUUACCCUUCUUCAAUAUAGUUAUCUUGCCAAGCAGUCUGGAAGAAGAAAGAAAGCUUUGAGGUUGCAGGGUUGACUGUCUGCAUACUCAUAAUCUGAUUAGCUAGGCAUUAUAAGAAUUAGAAUGAUCAAAUGAUCUAACAGUAGUGUAAUUCUGUCUGAAAUUUUGGAGGUCAAAAUAGGAAAAAUAGUUUCUUAUGCUAUAAUUUGCCUAAAUUCCGCCUAAACGGACGUGAAUGCUCUUACUAUUCAACUCAUUUUUAUAGUUUGCCUAAAUUCCGCUUGCCAAACGUUUGCACUUGCUUUCU